CACCCUGGACCACAUCACAGGAAAAAUGCAGGCCCUGUUCCUCCUGGUUAUCUUGCUCUUGCCUUCUGAAGGUGAAGCUGAAGAGAUUAUCGGUGGUGUUAAAGCAAAACCUCACUCCCGACCCUACAUGGCUUAUCUGGAAAUCACUAGCAGAGAGCACGUUUCCAGCUGUGGUGGGUUUCUUAUAAGUGAACAAUUUGUGCUGACUGCUGCUCACUGCAAAGGACGGAAAAUUACUGUCACUCUUGGAGCUCAUGACUUAACACAGAAAGAGCCCACAUGGCAGAAGCUGAAAGUCACAAAACAAAUUAUUCACCCAAAUUAUGAUCCUCAUGCUGUCCUCAAUGACAUCAUGUUACUGAAGCUACAAAGCAGAGUCACACUGAACCAUGCUGUGAACACAGUUGCCCUGCCUACUGCAUCUACUUUUAUUCAACCUGGGAGAAUGUGCCGGGCAGCUGGCUGGGGGAAAACAGGAGUCACAAAGCCAACAUCAGAUAUUCUGAGAGAAGUGAAGCUGAGAAUCAUGGAUGAAAAUGCUUGUUACUGCUUUGAGAAUUAUAAUAAUUACCUGCAACUCUGCGUAGGCAAUCCCUGGAAGAUAAGAUCGGCAUACAGGGGUGACUCUGGUGGACCCCUGCUGUGUGCUGGGGUAGCCCAAGGAAUUGUGUCUUACGGACACCCCAACGCACAGCCCCCUGCUGUCUUCACACGCAUAUCUCCAUAUGUGCCCUGGAUUAAUAAAGUCUUGAGUUCCGAAUAGCUGAGAGGCCACACCAGCCUGAGAGUCCCCAAACCAGAGCUUUCUCUGGGUAUCUCCUGGUUUCCAUAGGAGCCCAGAGAAG